AAGAUGUUAAUCUUUGAAUUUCUGGUUCAUUUUCAAUAAUCUCAAUCUCUGGAGGACAACCACCUAAAAGCCCAAAGUGAAUAAGAUCAACACCUCUUAAAUAAAUGAAUUAUAUUUUAGGUAAUACUGAAUUUUUACAAAACAUAUUAAGAGCAGUGGUGCAGAAGGAAGACAUCCAUGCAGUUCUCCCUGAGGUGUCUGCCGACCCUGAUUGUAGAGUAUUUGACUUUCUCAGUAACCAUCUAGGAAAAAAAUGGAAAGACUUUGCAAGAGCACUGAAGAUUGGAGAGGGUCAAAUAGAUGAGCUGCAAGCAACAUAUAGGGAUAGGACUUCAGAAAUAAUUAGGGAAGUCUUAAACUACUCCAAAAGUACCUGUGAUCCAAAUUACUGGAAAGCCAAUUUAUACUUUGCUUUGAGUAAGGCUAGACGGAGAGAUCUUUCUGAACAUGUUCAAAGAUUAUAUGCUGCUUAUGGUCUAUGAUAUGUACAUAAUAUGAUUGUAUUAACAUGCAAAUGAUGUUAAAUAAGAAAACCUGUUUUGGAUAACCGUUUGUUUAUGAUUUAUUUAGCAUAAAACUAUUCUGGAAACUGGAACACAUAAAUUAUUGGUACAGAUGAUUCAUACUAUCAGCAGGACUUGAGUUUCUUGACUUGUUCAUCUAAGACUAUACUUUAAAUAGGGCUAGUCCUAUAUUACUGAGAAAAAGCGAAUUUCCAGGUCAAAUCUUAUUUAGUGCACCUUAGUAUGGGUUAAAUUAAUGUAAUGCCUGUAAUCUCUAAUGGUGUCUCUCCAAUUUUACCCAAUUAACUUGCAUAUCCAAAUUAUACAUAGAGAUUACAAUCUAAUAUUUUUGUGCAAGUAGGUGAUACAAAAAAUAAAUGUACAGUGAACUCUGGUAUGCUAUAAAGGAAACCCAUAAAAAUAAACAAGUAAAUUUUUAUUUAUUGCAAAGGACUAAACUAACUAAAAAUACAUUCUAGGUAUGUAAUAUAAAAAGAUAUAAUAUGAAAUUGUAACAUAUAACUCUCUCAACUUUUAAUGAGGCUUGUCUCCGUUGCCACCAAAUUAUCGUCGAUGGUCGUAAAAUUAUCUAGUUCAGGAAGAUAUUUUUCCACAGUAGUUAUGUCUGGACUGUGACUUCGCAACCAGUCACUUAAUGUGACGUUCCAAUCAUCAUCAUCAACACCUUUCUCAUACCACUGAUUUAGAGGCAAAUCGAGUCUAAAAUUGUUAUUUUGAAAGUUUCAUUAUCCAAUGCUCGGAUUGGGCGAUACAUAAAAUAUCUACGAUAUGUUUUAAGGCAUUUUAUUAUGCCUUUUGAUUCAUCGGCUGUACGACCGAGGUGCAAUUGGGAGGCAAAAAUUGUAAUCUGAUAUUUGUCAGAUCAACAUUCUCAGGAUGAGCUGCACAAUUUGUCAACUAGAAGCAAUAUUUUUCUUUUUUGACGUCCUAGUUUUUCAUCCCACUCCUUUAAAUAAUUAAUAAAAAUGUCUGAAGUCAUGCAUGCGGGUCUGUUCGAUUUAUAAAUGGCAGGCAAGUUUUUAAUAUUUUUCAUGCACCUCGGUCGUUCGAAUUCACCAAUAACAAGAAGUUUACAUUUUUCACUACGUGUCAUAUUUGCGCAAACCAAAACGGUGCAUAUUAGCGCUGAUUGUUUGCCUCCUACACACUUUUCUCUUCUAUUUAUUAUAAUAUUUUAUAUUUCUAUCAGUGUACGGUCCUGAGUCAUCUUGUAAAAUAGUCCGGUUUCAUCCGCAUUAAAAAUAUCCUCACAGCUGUAAUUUUAUACAAUGCCUGGCCAUUUAUCCGUUAACCAGUUCACCACAGCUUCCUUGUUAACAUAUCUUGCUUCACCAGACACUUUGUCGACAUUUAUGUUGUGACGAACUUUGAAACGCUCGAACCAACCCGUAGUGCACCUAAAAUCGCCACCGUGUAAUCACUUGGAUAAAUCUUCCGCUUAUGCUUUUAAAAUUAGACCAUUUAUACGAAUAUUUUCGGUUCUUCACACCUCAAACCAUCGUAUAAGAGCUUGAUUCACAUCUGGAAGUACAGGAUUUCUAAUAAAUUGUCUUAAUUCUAUGCGAUUUAUAUUCACUUGCUUGUUUGAUUUUUUGACGAUUGCACCAAAUUGUCGAAACUUUUGUUUUUGCCAUAUUUUUCUUUCUCCCUGUCUUUAAUGAUUACUGGAAAUCCCCGGGGCCGCGCCGGCGGCAUUCCUGUCAACGCGCGACAGAGGUGAAACUUCCCAGUAUCGUUUAAUGGGAAUCCCCGACAGAGGCGGAGAAUUACUCUGUUUAUAACGUACCUACCUUAGUACGUUAUAACCAGAAUAUGACUACUAAGUGGGUGAAAAUAUUGUACGUUAUUGACGGAGUACACUGUAUUUCCAGAAUAGAUAGAUAAAAUUGUAGCUGAGGUGAUAAAAUAACUCAUGUGUUUAUUUCAAAUCAAGUAGUACACUUAGUUACAAAAACAAAUACUGUAUCAUUAAUGUUUUAAUAUAUUUUUCUUUACAAA